AUGUACAAAGAUAGAUACAAUAGCGAUGACUUUCGGAAAUAUAUUAGAAGCAUAUUUGCGCAUAUAGAAGGAUUGAAUCGCUUAACUUUCGUCCUGGGAGACAAAACAGAGCAUUUACCAUAUGCAGAGAGAAAUCUUGCACUAGAAUACCCAAUGGAUCUUGACUACGCUCUGGAUUUAUACGCAAAGCACCCCCGAGAAGUGUCGCGCGAAGAAUCAUUGAGACUUGGGGAAUGGUACAAAGAAUAUUCUCCAAGCUUUGUGGAAUUUGAUAUGGAUGCUCUGAGAGAACAUCCGUAUCGGAAUAAUUGGACUUCUACUAGCAGGCCGUUGAUUAUUCCUAGAGAUGCAGUUGUCGAUUUUAAAAUUAUAGUUGAAAGGGAGAAGUCAGAGGAGUUGGCAAGAAGAAAGAAAAGAUUCUAUGCAGUGAAGAGACAGAUUGCUGAAGAGGAAGAUAUAUCAUGGGAUGAUGUUUGCUAUCAGGGGCCCGCCAGGUAA